AUUCGGACUUCCCAUACAGCAACUCCCACAAGAGACUGUCACUUCAGCCGGCGCAUGUUGCACGACUGACAGAAGAACAACGCCAAUUUAGCUGUGAAUCUCUUCAGUUCUGAGGGAAAGUCCUCUUGUUCAUUACAGGACUGGUGUGAACCCAGCCAACGCACAACGUUGUCUCUACGUUGACUCCCAUAAAUGGAGUCUCGCAGAAACGGAGCGAGUGGCUCGUCUCCAGACUUCAGUAGAAUACAACAGGGCUACAACAUGCAGCAGCCUGGACCUGGUCCCAGAGGCGGUCCUCGUCCUCUGUCCUCAGACAGCAGCAGCACGUUCGGGGUGAGGAUACAAGUCCAGGGGAUUGAGGGUCAUCCUUACGUUGUAUUGAACGACGGGGAUAGCAGAGCUGCUCUGCCGUCUGGUGGCCUGGAGAGCUACAGUAGAAACUGGGACCACCAGGAAGAGUCUGUCAGCGCCCACAGCCAGUCUGAUUACACCUCCAUGGUGAAUGAUAGGCAAUCUCCGUUAGGAAGUCCCUAUAUGGAGCGAUCUCCGUUAGGAAGUCCCUAUAUGGAGCGAUCUCCGUUAGGAAGUCCCUAUAUGGAGCGAUCUCCGUUAGGAAGUCCCUAUAUGGAGCGAUCUCCGUUAGGAAGUCCCUAUAUGGAGCGAUCUCCGUUAGGAAGUCCCUAUAUGGAGCGAUCUCCGUUAGGAAGUCCCUAUAUGGAGCGAUCUACGUUAGGAAGUCCCUAUAUGGAGCGAUCUCUGUUAGGAAGUCCGAAUAUGGAGCACAGUAUUCCCAACCACCAUGGGGAAUAUGCUCGUGGAGGUUCUCUGACUGAGGUUAGGGAGGGUAGGGAAUCACAGAGGAUGCUGGCGUCCACCGUGUCCAUGUUCGACUUCCAGGAUUCACACUUACAGCAGUUACAGAGGACCAUGCCGACAUCUAAUAUUGGGUUGAACUUCCAGAGACACCCAGAGCUGCUGAAACCCUACAACCCAGACAGGAACAGCCUCAGCCCCCGCCUCUCCUCCAGCCGAAGACUCUCUGUUCCCCCCACUCAGACAACCUCUGUACCUAGGCCGGGACAUCUCACCAGAGGUCUCCAGAGUGGAGCAGGAGCCGCCCUGAACCAGGGAGCAGGGUCUAGACCCGGACCAGCCAGGAUCCCUCUGCCUGCUGAGGGUAUAGAGAUAGCUCCCGCCCAGACCCAAGGCCCGGGCCCUGCCCCUGUCCCAGCUCCCGCCCAGACCCAAGGCCCGGGCCCUGCCCCUGUCCCAGCUCCCACCCAGACCCAAGGCCUGGGCCCUGUCCCAGCUCCCGCCCAGACCCAAGGCCUGGGCCCUGUCCCAGCUCCCGCCCAGACCCAAGGCCCGGGCCCUUCCCCUGUCCCAGCUCCCACCCAGACCCAAGGACUGGGCCAUGUCCCAGCUCCCACCCAGACCCAAGGCCCGGGCCCUGUCUCAGCCCCAGGUCCCCACCACCAUUCUUUUACCACCUUACUAAGUCCCCCAAGCGAGGUUACCAACGUCCCCAGGAGGUCCCCAAACACAGUGGACACAGAACCCAUCUCCUCCAUAGGUAGCCUGAUCAACCAGUUCGACAGCCCCCAGCAGAUGGGCCGAGCUGGGCCUAGGAGAGGGAGGAUACCCCCAGAGGACCGGAGGAGGUCACGCAGCGUGGACAGCAGGCGACAGUGUCACUCAUACCCAUUGGAACCCUCCAGCCCUGCCUCGGCCGUCAGAGGGACCAGGGGAGAGACUCCAGGGGGAGUCACCAGCGCUCCCGGGUCACCUAAGGGGAGAGGGGCCAACGGACCCUCCACUCUGAUGUUUAAUAAGCUCCAGUGGGAGAAGGAGGAGGGGCCUAGCGUUGUGUCACCUAAAGAGGUGAAGGUACGGUACAGAGUGGAGAAGACCUCCCUGAGCAGAUCCAGAUCUCUCAACCACAGAGAGGAGGAGUCAAAGAGAGAAACUCAGGUCAUCACUCCAGAUCUUUUGAAAGGUCAGAGCGGUCUGCAGCAGGUCUCCACUGAACCACAACGACCAAAUGAAGACGCCACUAAACAGAUACUGUUCACUUACCUCAAUGAUGGGACCACUGAUUUAUCCUCCACCACUCAGAAGAAGGUGAACCUGGUGUUUGACAGAAUCAACCAACUGAAGUGGAAGACUGCAGAGAACAUGGAGGAGGAGAUCAGGGAUUGUGCUGCUGAGAACAAGGCGCGACAGCAGGAAGGAGCAGAACUGGAGAGAGAGGUGUCAAAGCUGAAGACACAGUUGGAGCAUAAGACCAAGAAUGGUAGAGCCCUCGCGGAACUCUCCACGUUACGGGAUAGGCUGGCUGGGAUGGAGGCGGAGCUUGAAGUUGUCAUAGACGAGCUAGUCAAGGUGAAGGCAGAGAGAGAACGUGGCCGUACAGAGAGGAAGGUCCUCCAGCAGCAGCUGUCUGAUAUGCAUGAUGAGCUGGACCAGGCCAAGAACACAACACAGGCAGAAAGCGCAGAGAAACAGCUCGUUCUGAAGGAUCUGGCCCAGCUGCGGUUGGACUUCCAGGAGCUCAUGCAGGUGCAGGAGGAGCAGGAGGAGGUGCUACACUGGAGGGAGAGGGAGCUGACCGCCCUGAAGGGAGCGCUGAAGGAGGAAGUGGAGAGUCAUGACAAGGAGCUGGGCAUUAUGAAGGAGGUGUACGACAAGGAGGUGCAGAAGCUCCAAGAGGAGGUGGAGGAGGUGAAAGAGAGUAACACAGUUCUGGGCCAGGAGAAGAGGGAGGUGGAGGAGGAGAGAGGGGAGGCCCGGGGCCAGGUGAAGGAGCGGAUCCAGGAGAGAGAGGAGCUUAAGGGACAGGUAGAGGAGCUGGAGAGCAAGGUGGACCAGCUCAACCUCGUCAUCAAGGAGUCCAAAACUCUCCAGAGACAGCUGGUGAAAUGCGUAGAGCAACUCAAGCGAGAGAAGCAGCAGGUGGAGGGAACUCUAGCAGAGGUGAAGGAGAAGGAAGAGGAGAUCAGCCAGGCAAACAAAGACCAACUAAUAAAGCUGGAGAAUGUACAGAGCGAGUUGACCCAGCUGAACCACCACCACAGGGAGGUGAAGGAGAGGCUGAAGGAGGAGAGGAGGAGAACAGAGGAGCUGAGGAGGAUGAAGAGUGAUCUGGAGGAGGAGAGGAGACUGCAGAACAGCACUGUGGAGAAACUGCAGAGGGAGAUGAGUGUUAAGGUGGAGGAGUGUGAGGCGUCCACUGAGCAGCUCCAGCUGCAGGUUGAUGAAGUCAGAAAGAAGAGCCACACAGAGCUGACUGAGCUCCAACAACAGCUGCAGGAAAAGGGACUGGACCUGGAGAAAUCACAACAGAAUACCAGAAAACUGCAGGAAGAGCUACUUACCCUGGAGCAGGGUCUGGAGCGGGGUCAUAGGGAGUGGGAGGAGGCCCAGCAGAGAGGCAGACAACUGGAGAGGAAGGUGGAGGAGCUGGAGGAGAGGAACGCUCAUGCCCAGGAGGACCACGCCCGACAGGUCAAACUCAUUGAGGGUCAGAUGAGCCAACUGGAGCAGGAUCUGCAGGAUGAGAGGAGCAGUACAGAUCUCCUGAUGAACAGAGUGGAUCAAGGGAAACAACAGAUGGAGCUGAUAAGAGGUGAGCUGCUGCAGGAGAGAGCAGUCAAACAGGACCUGGAGUGUGACAAGAUCACUCUGGAGAGACAGAAUAAGGACCUGAAGAGUAGGGUGUCUCAUCUAGAGGGCUCUCAGAGGUCCAAUCAGGAUGUUGUGGUUUCCAGACUGGAGGGAAGGAUCCAGGAGCUGGAGGGGAGGCUGGAGGGAGAGGAGAGAGACAACAUCAACCUGCAACAAGCCAACAGGAAACUAGAGAGAAAAGUGAAGGAGAUGAUGAUUCAAGUGGACGUUGAGCACAUAUCUAUGCAGAACCAGAAUGACCAGCUGACCCAGAGGCUGAAGACCGCGAAGAGACAGAUGGAUGGGGCCGAGGAGGAGGUAGAACGUCUGGAAAACUCUAAGAGGAAGUUACAAAGGGAUCUGGACGAACAGAUAGAGACCAACGAUCAGAUCCUCAGCCAGCUCAACGCACUGCGUUCAGAGAUGAGGCGUAAGCAACAGAAAUCAGCCCCGCUCCUGAUGAUCGAGAAGGCUGAUGAUACUGUCUGUGAGGAUGACAUCAACUCUGACUGAAAGAUGCACUAACUCACUUAAUUAUAGUUCUCCGGCGCAUUCCCACUGGGACACGAGGUCUCAAGGAGCUCUUCAUUCCCACGAGGGACACAAGGUCUCAAGGAGCUCUUCAUUCCCACGAGGGACACGAGGUCUCAAGGAGCUCUUCAUUCCCACGAGGGACACGAGGUCUCAACGAGCUCUUCAUUCCCACGAGGGACACGAGGUCUCAAGGAGCUCUUCAUUCCCACGAGGGACACGAGGUCUCAAGGAGCUCUUCAUUCCCACGAGGGACACGAGGUCUCAAGGAGCUCUUCAUUCCCACGAGGGACACGAGGUCUCAAGGAGCUCUUCAUUCCCACUGGGACACGAGGUCUCAGAGAGCUCUUCAUUCCCACGAGGGACACGAGGUCUCAGAGCUCCUUCCACUUUUUCUUAUCCUUGGUGACAUGUUGUGAUGCUCUGACAGCCUGGUGAAAAGAAUAUAAGCAGUCAAGUCAAAAACAGAUUUCCUGAUUCUCACAAACGGCCGGUAAAAUCACAGUGAGGAAUGAAAAAUGUUACAGAAGUUUCUCAUUAAAACAAUAUUUCCAUGUACAACUCAA